UCAGGUAAAAGUAGAAGAUGAUUGCUUUGGAGGUGAUUUGUCUAGCGUUUCUUGUAAACUCAGUAUUCGGUGGAAUAACUAACGCGCGUCCUCCAAUUUCAUUUCUGAAACUGGCGACAUGCCAGGAGUACGUGACAAACUCGGACCCUUGUGAACAUUUUUUCCCCAUUGAUGUAUUUAAAAACAACAAAUCUAGUGAAUACAAACUCCGUCUAAAGUUUUACGUGAUGGGCGCAGUUGAUGCUAAUAUUAAGCUUUCUAAUGGACAAGAUGUAGAAAUGGUCCCGUAUACAAUUGUUGUUGGUGGCCAUAAUAACACAUACUCUCGCAUUCGAAACUCCGCUAUGCACACAACAGGAUUGGACAGCAAUAUAACUGGAAUACUUUCACCCCUUUGGCCAACCCCCAUAGAUGUGCGCCUAAAACAUGAUGGAGAACUAUCGGUCGCUAUUACUGGUGUUGGAGACCCACUUCUGAGAGCUAAUACUCCCGAUUUGGACGUGAAAUCUCUCUGCCUGAACGUAUGGAGGAGUGAAGGUCGAUGGUUUUACAAUUGCAAUGAAGAUGACGAAUCUAUCUCAGCGGUUAGUCCAUGCCAAAUAGAAUUACCAGUAAACUAAAUAAACAACUGCGAUGAGAGGGCAAAGUAAAAGACAAAAUGUGAAGUAAAUUCGAAUGUUCAUACAUAGCUAGAAAUUCAAAAUAUUCCUUGAUAUAUCCAACUCCGCCAUUCACCGUCAUACAAGUCCUAGAUUCUGACUAAUUUACGUGAAAUACAAAAUUUUUAUGUUCUAUUACUUUGUGAUUAAUAAUUCUAUUUCCUUAAAACUUUCCAAAAUUGUGCAUU